AUGUCUGUUGUCUUGAGAAACAUUCCCCCUCACUGUCAGGAAGAUGAUCUUCGCCGAGCACUGCUUAUCUACGGCACCGCAGUAAACGCUGCGAUUAUUCCUCAUAUGCGUCAAGCAACUGUAACGAUGCGUACACCGCAAGAGGCCCGCUUCCUUCUUCACCAGGGAAGUAUUGAUCUCUUUGGACAGUCUGUGACCGUGGAACCCGCAUCCUACGCUGGAGGUGGUAGUGCGCCGGCGUUGAUGCCCCCACAUCUUGGUGGGGCCCGCAUUAAUGUUGUGGUGGAGAAGUGUACAUAUCCAGUGACUAAGGAUUUACUCUCACAAGUUUUUGGCAUGGUGGCACCACCCGCAAAUGUGGUUUGUGGCCCUUCAGGUACGACUACAACUGGGUGGGUUGAGUAUGCAGAUAUUUCUACGGCUCGACGUGUACUGCAGCAACUUAAUAAAAAUCCUAUUUACCCUGAUUGCUGCUUUAUGACUUUGACACUUGAUCAAAGUGGUGUCGCUCCCUCUAACAUGGGUAACUACGUUCCAAAUUCCAUGCCUUAUGCACAUCAACAACAACACCAACACCAACAACAACAUCCAAUGCAACCAAUGCAUUCUAUGCCAUUCGCUCAUGCAAACUACGGUGCAAUGCCUGGUAAUAUGAUGCAACGCGGUGGAAUGGGAGGACGUGGACGUGGACGUGGGGUUGCGAUGGGUCGCUACGGUAAUCCAUACGCCCCAGCAGGAGCGGGAGCAGCAGCAGUUGCAGCAGCAGCAGCAGGUCCGGCAGCACACGCUUCAUAUGGAGCUGGUUCAUACGGUGUUCCUACAACUGAUGCUGUGGUUAUUGUCAGUAACGUACCAGAGACAGUCGCCCUGCAUGACCUGUGGGUACUUCUUGAGGUCUAUGGUAAUGUGAACUCUCUCAAGAGACAGUUCAGUUCAAAGACAACAGUAGUUGCCCAUUUUCAAAAUGUUCAUGAUGCUCGUCUCGCUGUACAGCAUCUACAAGGUUGUCCAUUCCACGGUGCUACACUUUCUUUGAAACAUUUUGCUGGAUAUGUGGAGCGGGGUGGAAGGACAGAGUGGAACAGUGGUCCUGCAACAGAUCCUGCAACUCAUGCGGUUCUUUUUUCAAGUGGAUAUCAUCACCGAACAAAACCCACUGCCGCAUUUAAUCCAACAGGACGUGUUCGACCUGGCAAGAAUCUUUUUAUUUCUAAUCUUACUGAAGCAAUUACGGAUGAUGAUAUAAAGGAAGUAUUUUCCAAAGCAGGCUUUGAGCUAGAAGGGUAUUUUCGCAAGAGCCCAUCUGUUGCUAUUGUUAGCUUGAACGAUAUAGAAACGGCUGUACAUGCUCUUAUUGCGGUGCACUCUCAGCAACUGAAGGAGCGAUUUUUGCGGGUGACAUUUUCUCAUUUCCCUCCAGGUCCCCGUAGUAACGGUGAGGAAGAGAAUGAGACUGCACCACAGGAACCUAAGGAGGAGAGUGUUGUGGAGGAGGCAAACGAGGAGAAGGAGUGA